AUGUAUUACGAUAUAAUAACAGGAAUAAUAGGAAUAAUCAUUUUAGUUUUCUUUUAUAUGAAAACAAAAUCGGUUGAUUCAAAUCAACAACAGCCACUAUUGAUCAAUGAAACUAGUACAACAACAAGUUUUGGUCCAAAAGAAUUUAAAAAAAAGAAACCAACUAUUCUAAUAGUUACGAUGGAUGGUGGAGGUAUGAGAGGAAUCAUCACAAUAGGUAUCCUCCAAAAAUUAAAAGAAUUACUUGGUACUGAUAUUACCAAUGACUGUCACAUGAUGUGUGGUACUAGUACUGGGGGUCUACUAUCUAUUGCGAGAGCCAUUGACUUGGAGUAUAGUUAUCUACGUGAUUUCUAUAUUCGACUAGGUGCCAAUAUUUUUGGCAACCCUUUAGAAAACCUAUUCAAUCAUGGAACCCUAGCCAAUCAAGUUGAAUUAAAAAAGGAACUUGAACAAAUUCAAUUAUUAACAGGAAAAAAUUUAAGCCAAUUUGUUCAAAAUAAAAAAUUAUUUGUUGUAGCAUGUGGAAAAGAAAUAGAUUCAAAUAGUGGAUUUGAAUCAGUAUUAAUUAAAAAUUAUGGUACCGAACAUCAACAAAUGUCAGUGGUUCAAUCUUUAUUGGCCACAUCGGCAGCACCUUGUUACUUUCCAAGUGUCAAGAUUGGUACUCAAAAGUUUAUCGAUGGUGGAGCCAUUAACAACAAUCCAACCUUUUUGGCAUAUAUUGAAGCCAAAGAACUGUAUCCACUCAAAGACUACAAUUAUGUGAUAGUGUCACUUGGAACUGGUGGCAUCGAUUCAAAGGCGCCAUCAUUACCAAAAAAACCAAAAACCAACUCCACUCCUAAACCACCAAAGUCAUUGGGAGAUUCGAGUUUGGGUACUAUUAAUAACGUUAUCGACAAUGUUGGAAAUGCUUCCAAUAAUAUAUCUGAUAGUUCAAAUGACAUUCUAAAGAUUGGAAAUGAUGUAAUGAAGGGUAUUGCAAACUCUCAUAAACAACAUUGCCAUUUUAUGAAUUAUAUAUCUGGUAAUAAUGAUGGUGUUCAAUACUAUAGAUUCAAUCCGGAAUUAAAAAAGUCAAUCAAACUUCAAGAUACUUCAAAAGAAGCAUUAAAAGCAAUGGAUGAAGCUGUUGAUAAUUUCAUGAAAGACCAAAAGGUUAAAGAAAUGAUCAUUGAUUUAAAGAAAUCACUUUCAAAAGUUUCUCCAACUCCUGCUUAG